AUGAGACAAUAUCUCGCGAUCUGGGCUUCGUUGGCGCACGCUGCCCUUGCGCUCUCGGCGUACGACUACAACAAUCCCGGUGCCGCCCAACAAGUCCGCUUCUGGCUGAAUGAUGAGAGCGUGGACCUGGACGAUGGCUUCGUUACUCAGAUGCCGUUUCUGACGGGGACGGGCUUCGCGACAAUGCCCGUUACCAACUGCUUCGGCGACGAGAAAGCGGAGGAGUUGCGCUACGAUAUCGCGAUUCUCGGGGCGCCGCACGACACAACAACCACGGGACGCCCAGGUGCUAGGUUCGGGCCUCCCGCCAUUCGGCUGGGCAGCAACCAAAAGACGUAUGGUCUCAGCGUAUACACCAAGCGCGAUGCGAUGCAUGACUGGGCAACGAUUGUGGACUGCGGCGACGCCAAGAUGACGUGGCUGGACAACCGCGCCGCGCUCAGGACGCUGGAAACGGCGCACAAAAAGAUUUCGGGGCGUCCGGCGAAGAGUGGUGAUGGCACGAGCGCGCCGAGGAUUAUCACGCUCGGAGGUGAUCACACGACGACGCUGGCGGCGCUGCGGGUGACGGAGAAGCAUUGGGGGCCGGUGUCGGUGAUUCAUUUUGACAGUCACGUCGAUACCUGGAACCCCAAACAGCUUGGCGGUGGCAUCUCCGAGUAUGCCGCUUUAAACCACGGCACUUUUCUCCAUUUCGCCCACGAAGAGAACCUGAUUCUCAACUCGUCCAUCCACGCCGGCAUUCGCGCCCAAGUCACCGACGCCUCCGACAUGCGCCACGACAAGACCUGCGGUUUCCACAUCAUCACCGCCCGCGACAUUGAUUUUAUCGGCGUCCGCGGCAUCAUUGAUCGAAUCCGCCAGCGCGUCCAAAACACGCGCGUCUACCUCUCCGUCGACAUUGACGUGCUGGACCCCGCCUUUGCGCCAGCCACCGGAACGCCCGAGGCAGGAGGAUGGUCAUCGCGGGAACUUUUGACCAUUUUGGCUGGGUUGGAUGGAGUAGAGGUGAUUGGGGGCGAUGUGGUCGAGGUUGCGCCGCCGUAUGAUAAUAAUGCGGCGACGACGGCGCUGGCGGCUGCCGAGAUUGCUUUUGCGAUUCUCGAGCUCAUGGUGUCUACACCGGUCAAAGCACCGGUCAAGGCUUAG